CAAGAUGGCGCCAAAAUACAGAAAUGAUCGCUAACAUGAUUUAGCUCACAAAAACCUUGAAAAAAUUCACUAAAAAUCAAUUUUUAUAAUCUGUUCAAUAUGGAUAUGGAAAAUCCAGAGGUUAUUCAAGCCAGAAGAACAGAGUCGUUGGAUGCUCCUGAAAUCAUCAAACUUGUUAGUCCAUCGACAGAGAAAUUGUUUGGCCGAGUAAAUGUGGUYAAUGUUAUUGAAAAAGCAAACUUAGCUGUUACCUUGGUCAAUGCCAGCAAUGAAGUGAUAGCAUUUGCUGCAUUUUUUGAUUAUCCAAACAUUCCAAGUGUUGACCAAUCAGACUGGGAAUCCUGGCUUCAUGACAAGUAUGACACAUCAAAGUCAACACCACUCAAUAGUUUAUUCCUGAAUUACUUUGUGGCCAAACCUGACUUUGCAUAUGGCAGUGCACUGGAAAUAAUAAGAACUGUAUUCAAUGCAGUUCCCUUUUUGCAUUACUUAUUCCUCGUUCAUCCAAAAGGAUUUGAUAAAGGUUCAGCUUUGUUUGAAGUGUUCUCUUCACUGGAAURCAACCCAAAUUUUGGUGGAAAAUUGAAUUUUGAAGUUAAAGUUUGUCAUCGACAUGAGCAUUGUCCAAAGCUACAUAUCCGUCAUGCCAGGGUUGAAGACCAUGAUGACUUGAUGCCAAUUUUCAAUCAACAAAACAAAAUUUUAACAUCAAUGUAUGGAGACUUUUUCUUAGCUGAACUUAUUGAGGCUCAAGAUGAAGAAAAUAAGUGUUUAGUAGCAGAUGUGGAUGGCAAAGCUGUAGGUUUUAUGAGUGUGUGCUCAAAGGUAGACUGUGAAAUACUUAACAGGUGUUUUGACCUUGGCCCGUUUCAUGGUCUCAAAAAGGUACCAGAAGCUGAUACAACAAAACUAAAAGACACCAAAGGAACUGCUUCACAGAAACCAGUAGAACCUGUGGAUGCUGWCAUUUCAAUGACAAAAGAAGAAGAAGAGGAAGGAGAUGAAUCAGUGUUUGUUGAGAAACUCAGUGAAGAGCACAUGAGGAGGAGGUCAGAUUCUUCAGACACAGAUACUGAAUCAGCCAGACAGGUUACACCAUAUAAUGGAGAGGACUCUGCAUUCUGUAUUCAACUCUUCUGUAUUGAUGAAAAGUUUGAAAUGAGGUCACUUGAUUUCCUUCCAGCAGCAUUUGCUCAGUUUGAGGACAAAGACUACUGCAUUCUAACCAUGCCUCAUCUCGUAUCUGAGUUUCCUUUGCUACAGUCAUUCACGAGAGUUACUCCAAAGAGAUGCAGUACAUUGUCCCAGGAGUUGUAUGUUUAUCAUCGAUGGGGUCUGAUUGAGUCAUUCACUGUCMAACCAUGUACAUCGUCAGCCAUGAAUGGGAUCAAGCAAGUAGUGCAAAACCUCAAUGGACAUGAGAAAAUACUAAGUGAUAUUGAUCAGUAUACAACAGCAAGACGAGAUGCAGAUGGAACAGAAAUACAAGCAUUUGUUGCUUGGUCAAUGGAUCAGGUGGUGGGCGUGGCAGUUUUGAGAAGGGAAGAGAACAUUGAAUUCAUUCGUUCACACUACAGUAUUGAAGACUUUGUGUACUUCARUCACCAUCUACGUGAGGAACAUGGACAUCUCCACCAUUUCGUUCUCAACCCAGUGUUUCAGCAGUACUCCAAACACUUCCUCAAGGAAAUUCUAAGGCUGUCUCAUAAGUCAUGCCUGUAUUAUCCCGUCUUUCCACAUUACUCCWCCCUUAAGGGAACCAAGCCACAUACAACAGUGACAGCCCUGAAUGAUUUGGUAACAAUAAAGGCUCGACGCCAAAUAAUAUAUCCUGUCAAACAGCUUGGAAUCAAUGCUCCAUCAGACCGUGUACUUCAAGAAAUGGAACCAUUUGCAUUGAAUCAUUUGAACAGGAAGCUUACCCUGGAGCCAAAGGUUGCUAUCAAUGCUCGCGUGGUUGUUGUGGGAGCAUCAGAUGUUGGCUUGUCAUUCCUACAAACCUUUGUAUUUUGCCCACAUUUGAGAUUCAAUAACCUUACAUUGAUCUCACCAAAGGGAUUACCUGGACAAAUAGCACCAGAACCUGAUGUUGACCAAUGCUUACCGUCCAGUUUGUGUUUCACAGACCAAGAUCAUGCACAUAUAUCUUUACGUACCUGGAUCAAUGUUGUAAAAGGGAAAAUGACGAGAAUUGACAGGACCAAUAAGAUAGUCUUUGUUAACAAUGGUCACAAGGUUCCAUAUGAUUAUCUGGUAUUGUGUACUGGCCAGCAAUUCCAAUUACCAGUACCCACUGGUGCUGACAUUAGUACGUUGGUAACUACAAGUGAAGUUGACAAACCACGGUCUACCAUCUACAAGGGCACAUUACCAGCCAAUGUCUUCACUAUCAACUCAAAAAUUGAUGCAUCUCAAGCUGUCACCUGGGUUAAGACACAUUUUUUAACAUCUGAAGGAAAUGCUUUGGUCUAUGGUUGCACUAUGGCAGCAUAUACUAUGGUUCAAGGGCUACUGCACGUUGGUGUCCCAAGUAGUCGCAUCAUUAUGGUUCAUCCUCCGCCACCGAUACCAUCUUGUUUUAAUAACUUAGACAUUGAUGAAGCAAUUGAGCAGUCACUUAAAGAACUUGGUGUACAAGUACAUGUUGGAUUUACUCUUGCCCAGUGGAAUGAUGGGAAACUUGACACGCCCUUGAGCUGUGCUACGUUUACUUCAGAUAAUAAACCGCUAAGGGUCGACUGUAAGGCAUUCUUCUGUUUCCAAGAGAAAAGAGUGGAUUAUCAGGCUUUCAAAGCCAUUAAUGACAGCUGUUUGGUGUUCGAUGGCCGACUUGUCAUCAACGCUAAUUUUAACACUAAUGAUGAAUUCAUCAGAGCUGCAGGUCCKCUGACCAAAUAUCAACGCAGAUACCAUUCUGAAUCCUGGACACAUGCUAGCUAUAAUUCCAAAGAGAUUGGGGCCAAGCUGGCACAUUCUAUGUUGGUUCUGUUUGAUCCUACACUAGAAGGGUUUUCCCCAGAACCUGUAUCGAUUGAUGAUGAUCAACUGAUACCAAUAUACAAGCAGGCUAAAAUGUGUAGUGCUGUUCUUCCAGGUGGAUAUCAAUACCUACACGUAGGAAAACCCAGUCUCAACUUACCACUUGACUCGCUUAUGGUUCAACCAGAAUACGGACGUGAAUUGGUGACCGGAAGCGCCAAACAUAGUGAUUCCCAGGCAGGGUAUUUUAGACUCCAUGUAAAUCAGUACCGGUCUGUGGAAACUAUUACUUGUCUUAGCAAACAGCCCAUCGAUACAAGCAACCUAGUUUGCCUCUACGGACUUCAYGAGAGAUAUCUUAAUAGUCUCUUACAACGUUUUGAUGAGGACCUCAUCCCUGAUUUCUACAGCUUCUUCCGAGAGUCUUGGUGCCUUGCUGUCUUCCACGAUAGAUUUAACGACUUUAGAGAAGAAGUAAGGGAACACCUCAUCAACAAACCGGAGCAAGAYGUCCAUUCUCUUGAGGAGAAAGUACGGAAAAUGAUCGAUGAAGAUUUAGCGUUGUCCAAGGAACAGAGAAGAAACCUUGCUGACGCGUACGUGGCAUCUUCAGCCAAGAAGACAAUCGAGCAACGAUUGUUAAGCUUUUUAUCGUACAACUCGUAUCACUUGCCCAUGUACGCCAAGCAAGGAAUGGUUUAGUGUUUUGAAAUAAGUAAAGWACACCACGAAACCAACGGUUCAUUGUUUGUAAAUAUUAAUUUAAGUAGAAUGAAAUGUAUUUGGAGUGAAUAAAGAUAAUGUAUUAAUUUUCA